AUGACUGAAGGUGAAACAGACAUAGCAGAGCAUUCAGAUAAUACUGUUGAAAGCCCAAGUGCUGAAGAUGCCAAUAAUCCUUAUUUUCAGUAUUAUGAAAAAACAAGAAGUGAAAUAGAAAAAACGAAUGAAGGAGAUACAAAGUUGUCUUGUGGAAAGUCUCCCAAGGAAAUGGUGGGAUUCUUUGAACUGCUGCGUUACGCAGAUGCCUUUGAUAUCUUCCUCAUGGUUGUUGGCCUUAUGUGUGCUGCAGCGAAUGGCACAGGUCUGCCCAUUCUUAUCAUUGUAUUUGGAGACAUGACUGAUAGCUUUGUCCUGAGUGGAAUAAAUAUGAAUGCUUCAAUUAACACCUCUGGUUGUUCGGAAUUCCUCAAGACUGAUAUAGAAGAUGAAAUGACUAGGUUUUCCUAUUACUAUGUGGCAUUAGGAAGUGCUGUUUUUACCUUAAGCAUUUUCCAGAUUUGGACAUUUUUGGUCUCUGCUGCUCGGCAAAUUAUGAGAAUUCGGCAGAAGUUUUUCAGAGCGGUUCUUCAUCAAGAAAUGUCUUGGUUUGAUUCCACCCAGAUUGGAACCUUGAACUCUAGACUUACUGAUGACAUCAAUACCAUCCAUGAAGGUCUUGCUGAUAAGAUGUGCAUAUUUGUGCAGUUUCUCAGUACUUUUCUAUCUGGAAUUAUCAUUGGAUUUGUGUAUGGUUGGAAGCUAACUCUGGUCAUCUUGUCAGUUAGUCCACUGCUUGGUGUGUCAGCAGCAAUCUGGACCAAGCUUGUUGCAUCAUUUACAUCAAAGGAGUUAUGUGCCUACGCCAAGGCCGGUGCGGUAGCAGAGGAGAUUCUGACAACUAUACGGACAGUAAUUGCUUUUAAUGGACAACAGAAAGCUAUAGAUAAGUAUGAUGCCAACCUGGUUGAUGCAAGGAAUGUUGGAGUGAAAAAGUCUGUAACCUUAAAUGUAUCAAUGGGACUGUCACAAUUUCUCAUAUUUGGUGCGUAUGCCUUGGCAUUUUGGUAUGGAACAAGA